AUGAGUCCUAAUGCCGCUGCCAGUGCACCACCAGACAAACAGUCUUUGCACUACAUUGUACGGUCCGGGAUAGCAGGAGGAAUUGCAGGUUGCGUGGCUAAAUCCGUUGUUGCACCCAUAGACCGGGUUAAGAUUCUGUUCCAAGCCUCGAACCCUGACUUUCGGAAAUAUGCUGGAAGUUGGGCAGGCGCUCUCCGCGCUGGCAAGGAAAUCUACGACCAUGGUGGAAUAAGGGGUCUCUUCCAAGGGCAUUCAGCAACGCUGCUGCGAAUUUUCCCGUAUGCUGCUAUCAAGUUUAUGGCCUAUGACCAGAUUCACUAUCUUCUGAUGCCCACACGCGAGCACGAGACCAAUUUUAGGCGCUUUGCGGCAGGAGCCCUGUCUGGUACAGUUCCUACUGUAUUCCGAACCCUUUUAGUCAACUCACUUGAAGUCGUCCGGGUCCGCAUGGCUUUCCAGACUAAGAACCCGAACAGCACCACCCGGCCCUCAUUUAUGACUGCUGCAAAACAUCUCUAUCAUGAAGGAGCGACAUCACCGGCUUCAACACCCGCAGGCAGAGUUCUGGAACGAUUUCCGAUGCUCAAGUUCUACCGCGGGUUUACAGUAACUGUGGUCGGAAUGGUUCCCUACGCUGGUGUCUCGUUCCUCAGCUGGGGCUUCCUACGAUCUCGUUUCCUACCUCCCUCCAAAACUGGCCAUCGACCACCGACACCCAUAGCCGACCUCGCCAUCGGGGCUGUUUCUGGAGUUGUAGGCCAGACUGCCUCGUAUCCCUUCGAAGUUAUCCGACGCCACAUGCAAGUAGGAGGAGUGACGCGACCAGACCGGUGGAUGAAGUGGGGAGAGACUAUCCAGUCUAUUUGGCAGAGUUCCGGAUUUAGAGGGUUUUAUGUUGGGUUGACUCUUGGUUAUUUGAAGAUUGUACCCAUGACAGCGGUCAGCUUCGCCGUCUGGCAGGGGUGUAAGAGGUUGUUGAAUGUCUAG